UACGCGAUAGACGUGCAUCCGUGCAUUGUGCUGGCCUAGUGUUUCAGCGACAGGGGACGUGGAACUCAGUCUCGCCGAGACACCCAAGGAAGACGGUCUAACAUCACACUGGUAGAAACCAAGGGAACGCUUAACUGUUAUAUAAUAGGACGGCAGUCGCUCAACUCCCAUCAGCUGAUCGUACGGCAACCUGUGGAUUUCUCCGUUCGACAAACACGGAUUUCUCGGCUCGUGACCAACAAACUUGUUCCCGUAUAGGAGCUGGUCUGUUCUCCUGACUAAAAGACUUAUCUUCUACAUUUUUCAAGAUUCGGUCUAUAAAUGCUACUCCCAGAAGAAAACCCGUUGCAAACUUUGCCCCUGUCUAACCAGUACGAUUUCCUUGCGGAACUGUACGACAGUUAUUAUGCUUAUUCCGCGUGCUUGAUGCCCCCCAAUAUGUGUGUUGAGGCCUACAGCACCACAAUGACAGAGGGUAAGCACAACAUCAUGCCUUAUGACGACUCCCUGCCAUAUGGAUCUUCAUUUCACAGGCAACUCGUAAUGUCGUCUCCUUUACCUAGAGAGCACCCAUCCAGAAGCCCCAGUGUCUCUUCAGACGGAGGAAAGGUGAAACCUCAAUACACAGCGGAACUGGAUGUCCUCUGUCGGAUUUGUGGAGACCGAGCAUCAGGCUUUCAUUAUGGCGUGCAUUCGUGCGAAGGGUGCAAGGGGUUCUUCCGGCGUACGUUAAAAAAACAACUGACAUAUCGACCUUGCCAGAUGGGAUCGCAAUGCAAAAUAGAUCAGAACUCACGAAACAAGUGCCAGUACUGUCGCUACCAACGAUGCCUCAACGCGGGCAUGUCACAAGAUGCUGUUCGGUUUGGACGUAUGCCGAAGGCCGAGCGAGAGAAACUGGUGGCUGACAAGGAGGUUCUAUGUAAUACCGACGGGAAACGAAUAGUGGAGCUGCGAUCUCUGUCUGACCUCAUUACAGCUGCUUUCAGAGAGAUCUUUAAUGACACCAUAUUUUUCAAAAGGGAACACAGUCAACCAUGUACCUCCUUACAUCUGGAUGCUCAUAUGAUGGACACAGAAGAUCAGCAAACUAUUAUGGAUGGCAUGAGCUCCGAGGAGUUCCAUGACAGACAGAUAUUCGGCUUGUAUCAGGAACUGAUCCUACCUGUGAUGGAGGCGAGUGUGAAGUUCGCCAAGAAGCUGCCAGGGUUCACCAACAUCCCCAUGCAUGAUCAGAUCAACCUGAUGAAGCGAAAUGGCUUUAUGGUGGUCCAGGUCGCGUUGCAUUCAAUUAUAGACAGAGAAUUCAUCAAUUUUUUCACCCAGCGAGGAGCCUUGCGUCUUAGUCGGAUGUCCCCCAUGUUGUGCGAUGAGAUUAAGUCACUUUUAGAGAGGACAAUUCAAUGUGCAGACAGAAUCAACUCCAUGCAGCUUCAAACGGCGGAGCUUGCACUCUUCUGUGCUGUACUUUUAACUCAAGAAUCUCCCAAUCUGUUGAACCCUUCCUUGGUUGAGGACUUGCAAGCUGAUCUUAUAGAAGCCCUACGGAUAGCCCUUAAACACAACCAUCCGAAACAGACUGUUCUACUGCCCAAACUGUUGGUCCUUAUCUCAGAUCUAAUUCAAAUUGUGGAAGAAUUUCGAGAUCAUCUCAAGAAAGGACUAUACGACAAAUCCGGUGACUAUUCAAAUGUUAAACCUUUACUUCGAGAAAUAUUCGACUUAAGUUGAAUGUGUCCAUUUACCGAACAAUCAGUUGUCCAAGAGCCUCUGACAUAAUUCUCUUUGUGUCCGCAUGUUCAAAUAGUAGUUCUGCAGGUGUUCUGCUAUGAGACAUUUUUGUCAAGGUAGAAAUAUGAUCUUGUACUGGGCGUCUUACCUGACUUCUAUUGAAUUAUGGUAUCAUUAAAAUGUUUGAAGUAUGGUAUCAUUGAAAUGGUUGGUAAUAGGUAUUAAUCUGUUAGUCACGCAUGUGUUCAUUGAGCUUUACGGCAAUACAGUGAACACCAUUCGCCCUGUAGUUUAUGAUCCGAGGUUAAUAUAAAUUUUAUGACAUAAAUAUCCCCGUAAUUGUUAACUGAAAACCUACGUAAUCCCACGACUGCCUAUAGAGAGUGGGUUGCUGGAUAUGGGAUGAGAUUUGGUUAUCAUAUGCACUGUAGGUAACCUGUUACGCUGCCAUUAACAAUCACGUUUAAAUGGGAAUAAGGUUUAUAUUAUCUUCGUGGCAAAAUUCUCUGCACGUACAUUUUACGAUGGCCUAUUUUAUACGGAUAGGCAUGUAUAAGAACCACGUUCGAGGUUUAAGUAUUUAUAAAACAGGAAUGAGGUAUAAGGAGAUGAGAAUUACCCGGUGUCUCGCAGAUGGUCAAAAACAGCUUUAGGUGUUUUAGAGUUAGAUACUACUAGCAGGUUUGUACAUGUAGACUACAAUUAAGCGCCCGUGGUCAUCAAUAACACGUUUGUUCAUAUUGUCAAGCUGUAUGCAGCAGUUUGAAAGGUUUUCAGAAUGUAAUUAUGUAUUUUAUCAUUGUACAAGUUCAAAGCAUAAUAUUGUCCCAUUUCACAGAAGUCAUCACAGCUCAAAUUGUUAUGAAUUACAGUAUUUAUUUUUUCAAAAUAUAUUUAUGUAUUUUAACUGUAAUCGUAAAUGUGUCCAAUAUAAUUGACUUUUGUAUGAGAACUAUUAUUAACAGUUGAUUGGCAAAAGCAGUCAGUAACAACUAGUGGUUCGUACCAUUGUUAGUGCCUCCACGGGAGUUGAAAAUACAUUUGCUAGAGGAGACAAAUCAUUUCUUGUGUUUGAGAAAAAACGGGAAAUGGCAGCUACAGAGGAAGAACUAUAACCAUUCGGACUCAUAAUGAAAACAUAUAUAUUUAUUCUAAAAUCACGAUAUAUGUUCAUUUUGAUGCUCAAUUUGUACAAAAGCAAUGUCACAGUACUAGAAAUCCGUGUAGCUCAUUGUAUAGUCUAGUGUUCUACAUAUCACCCAUGUUAUGUGCCCGAACGUCUAACAGAGAGCAAUAUGUUAAAACGUCCUAUUGUUUAUAUAUCAUGUUCAUCUAUAUACAAAAUGUAGAAUAUUCUACAGAACUGCUUUACUCAUAAGAUCGUUAUUCUGUUGUUGAACUGUGCAAUUUGAAGCAAAAUUAUAUGUUGUUUGUGCCAUAUACGUCAUGAGACCUGUACAGCGACACCCUGUUUGUCAGGACCCUUCACUUUCCGGACGACUUCUCUCCGUAGCAUCUAUGUAUGUGCAAAAUACAUUUAUCAUAAACAAUGAUUCAGAAAUUCGGACAUGUGUUAAUACGGAACGAAGGCAUCUAGAUUAACGACAUUCAGGGGUUACACGUGUCCACUGUUACAAAUACCCAGAACUGCAUAUUUUGUUUGGACUUGCGAACUUAAGGUAAGGAUUCAUUUGUCAGAUUUUCUAGCUUAGGAUUCUAUAACGUCCCCGUUGUUAUUGUCAUUAUACAGUCAUAUUUGGUUUGGCUAGGACAAGACUAAGAAACGACACAUAAUGUGGCCUAAAUAUUACUAUGCUUAAAUACAUCAGACUAAUGUUUUAUACAUAGUCUUUACGAAUGAUAUUCCAACACUAUUACAUUUGUUUAACUACGAUUUUAUUAUCAUUUUUUAUCUUGGAUGGAAAUAGGGACAAAAGUUUUUUUUACAAGUUUGGUUAAAAUGUCAUAUGUCUUAGAGAUAAACACAGUAUAUUUGAGAUGCCAGAUAACUUUGAUGCUCUGGUUACAACUGAAGAGAAAUAUGAAAAGGUGAACGAAGAAAUCUUUUACGAAAGACUGCUAAGAUUAUAUACGUACGAAAAUUUAUAAAUUUAUUCUACAUUAUCUGUAGCUGGUGGUAUUUCUAGUAAUUAAAACAUGCUUAGGACAACCAAGAUGUCUAUUUUUAACCAGAAAAUCAUGUAAUGAAUCAAUGUUCUGUCUAAAAAAAACCCGGCUAUGACGCCAUUUUCACCUCGAUGUCUGUCCUUCUGCCUUGGUUGCCCAUCGAGGUUGGGUGUCUCGAGGGGGUAGGGAAGGAUAGUUAGUGUGGGCUAGCCCUCACAGGUGGCAAUAUCACCGCCCCAAUGUCAUUACUUAAGUAACCACUUUUUCCGUUUUAGCCAUUUGAACUUCGAGAAAAUAUUAAACACAUAAUUAUAGGAACUUUAAUAUUUGGUGCGUUUUGCCAUCGAUUUGGGGC